UUAACCCGAUCUCUCUACGUUUGUUUUUUUGUCAUUGCUGUACGUAUUAACUUGCGUUUUGUUUUCAUUUACAUUCACCGCACGCGUAAACUGUUUUCUUAAUAGAGGUGUGCGCGAUCGAGCUCUUCUCGGUGAACUUUUUUUGCAUUUUUCUUUUUUGCACAACCUACCUGAGUUGUGCUUCCUCUCUGCACGCCUCCUCUCCUCUCCACCAUGGAUUUGGUUUGGAUUGUGGGCUUCGUUGUGAGCGUCUGCGCCUGGUUUGCUUCAGCGGAGCGGCACAGCGUCUACUGGAACAGCACGAACCCCAAGUUUAUAUGGGACGACUACACCGUGGAGGUGAAGCUCAAUGACUACCUGGACAUCGUCUGCCCCCAUUACCCUCAGGGUGAGGUGCCAUUGCUGGAUGCUGAGCGAUACGUGCUCUACAUGGUGGAGCGCGAGGACUACGAUUCCUGCAAGCCCGAAUCCUACGACCAGAUGCGUUGGGAGUGCGGCCAUCCUUUCGCUCCUCACGCCCCUGAGAAGUUCUCGGAGAAGUUCCAGCGGUUUACUCCGUUCACUCUGGGAAAGGAGUUUCGUCAAGGAGAAAGCUACUAUUAUAUCUCCAAACCUUUGCACCACCAUGGACAGGAGUGCCUCAGGCUCAGGGUGGACGUCGUAGCUGCUGAUGGCUCUCAAGAGGCCAGAGUGGCUAAAGGAGGCACAGGUGGGGCUGCAGUUGGAGCUGGGGGUGGGGUUCACAACCCGUCCAACAGACUGCCUGCAGCAGAUGACCCAGUGGUGAGCCUGCCAGAUGUCCAGAAGAGUGUACGGUCAAACUCUGUGGUGACGGCUGCAUCCCUCUCAAUUCUCUCAUUGCUAGUCCCAUCUUCAUUACUGCUAUUGUUGCACUGAGAGUACAUGAAAGGACUGCUGUCAGCAGACUUUCUUUUCAGGGACUACAAUGAAGACAGUCCAUGGGGAUGAGACCACUGACUCAGAAAGACAAUUUUUCCUGCCCAGUGCUGGCCACAGGGAGAGACUUUUGAAGCUUGUAAAGUACAGAUGGACUCGCUCGCACUGAACGUGCUGAGUAACUAUGUGUGCUUCGUCUAAUUUUUUUUUCUUAGAAAGACCAAGCUCUACUUGAUUUUUAUUUUGGGCUCUCUCCCAAAAAAAAAAAAACAUUAAAGUGCUUGGAUGAUAACCCUAGAAGACGAUAUGAAGAAGAUUAAAGAGGAACCUAAAGUGGCCGAAGAACAAUCAACAGCAAAGACACCAACUCUGUUUGAAAUUUUUAAAUUUGGUUGGGAUGAAUCCACAUCCAAUGGAAAAGUAAUCUCUCACCCUUUGAGCCAAAGAUCAGUCAUCUCCUCCCAACUUGUACACUAUUCCACCCUUGAGUAUUGUGUACUACUUGUUGUAUUGUUAUCGUAAUGGUAUCGAGUGGCAUUGGUGUCCCAAGUAAUUACUUUCUUUAAAUGUAGCAUUGACAGACCCGGGGACCUUUCUCAUGACUACCAAUCCUCUGCGAACUCGACAAUGUGCUUAUAUACUGUAGCACUAAUGCUGCACAGUACAGACACAACAACAUAUACUCCAUAACAGUGUUACACACAGACACACACACACACACACUGACAUGAAAACACACUACAUCCAACUGUGUUACGUGUACAUUCUGUGAAGAUAAUUUAUAACAUUUGCAGCUGAGAAGUUUUACUGUAUAUACCAUGUGCUCACGAAGAGAAAUGUUUACUGUUGGCAGCGGGGAGAGCUUCUCUUCUCUCCGUCUCCUGGUAGAGUACUUGUGUGAAAGGGCAAACGUGUGAGUUGAAGUGAGAGCAAGAAAAAGGGAGCGAUUGAUUGAAAGAGUGAUGAGACAAAAUGUUUUUCUGCCAAAAGCGAACACUGAGCUGUUGUGUGUGUGUGUUGCAGAGAGGCUGGUUCUUCUCUGUUUGUUGGAUCUUGCCGCUGUAUUGGUUAAACUGUGUGACAUGGAGUGCUGGUAUCUUUUAUUACUACAGGACCCAACCCUGUGUUUCAUGGUGCUCUCCUCUCGUGUUUUCAACACAAAGUUCAGCUAUUUAGACUUAAUAAUUAACACGGUUUUGGAUGAUUUGAAAACAUUAUAGUCACCGGUUCACAAGAGACGAGACACGGCAUCAAACCUCGUUGCCAAGCACAUCUUCACCUGACAGGCUGGCUUGACCAACAAAGCACAACUGUGUAUGACUACCAUUGAAGUCAGUCUUUUUUUAUCUGAAUUCUUGUUACCUUUUUUUGUACAUGUGUAAGUAAGAAAAGUGUAUAAUAUGUAUAUAUUUAUAUAUAUAUAUAUAUAUAUAGAAGAUUAUAUA